UACAUGUGGUCACUCACAUCACACCACUUCGGUUAUACUCCUUGAGAAAACCGACAACAUUGAAAUGAUAACUAAAAAACAACGUUAACAUUCACAAAACAAAAACCAUAACUCUCAUACAUAUUCAUAGAUUAGUAACCAGUAACCGCCACCAUCUUCUUCUUUUCUUAAUCAUCAUCAUCCAUCAUCUUCCAUUCAAUGGCAACGUUUCACUUUUUUGAUUACUACAUGUUAUGAGUAUGUGAUGGCAUCAACAGAAGAUGCUUCCAAAUUCGCAUCUCGUAAAUCUUCAUGUGUGCAACCAUGGUGGAAAACUACAGAUAUAGAUGAAUUAGCGUACUUGGUUUCACAGAAAUUGCUUAAUCAUGUUGAGAAUUGUGACCUUCCACCUCCUCCUCGGAAGACUCAUAUUGGAGAACAACCAUGUGCUAAAUCCACUGUCUUUUCCAAUCUGGAACCUUCAUCCAAUCAAGGGCAUUUCUAUAUUUCUUUUGACAAAUCCUCAAGUGAACAAGCUUUUGAGGGAGACCAAACCAAAGCUCAAUUGAUGGAAGCGUUGCGUUAUUCGCAAACACGCGCGAGGGAGGCCGAGGACUUCGCGAAAAAGGCUUAUGCGGAGAAAGAACAUAUUAUUGCACUCUUUUUUAUACAGGCUUCACAACUUUUUGCAUACAAGCAAUGGUGUAGACUCUUACAUUUGGAAGGCCUAAACACUAAGAUUAAGAAUGAGCAUACAUUAGGCUCUACUCUCUUGCGCGACGCCAUUCCUUCGAUGUCAUUUGAAGGUAAGAAACCAUUGAUGAGAAAGGGAAAGAUUGUUGAUGAGAAAGAUGGAAAAGUAGGCAAGUUGAAAAAUGAUGUAUCAACAACAUAUGAUGUUGCAUUUGCUUUAGGAUUGAGUCUUGUUGGAGCUGGAUUACUUUUAGGAUGGACUGUUGGGUGGAUGUUACCUCGUAUGUAGUUUUGUAGAGAAUUGGUAAAUAGAGAAAGAGUUCCAAUUUAUGUGAUUAGAAUGUAGUUUUGGUAGAUUUUGUUAAGCCUUUAAUAUACAUAUUUCUGCCUUA